ACGUCUUCUCCCCGUCCCGAACCCUAUUGUAACGUGUUCAGCCCCCACUCCAGCCCCCCCCGUCUCCCUGCAUCGCGUCGCCCUGUCCGCUCCCCUCCCCCCAGCGCCGCGAUGAUGAAGGAAGCGUUGGACUCCGACAAGCUCAAUUAUUUAAUCUGGCGGUAUCUCGUAGAAUCAGAUUACCAAGACACGGCUCUUCGCCUUCAGAAGGAGUGGAACCUUCAAGAUCCGCAGCAGCUGCCAUUUGCGCCCCACGUCACAAAUCAUGCACUAGUCUCGAUCCUGAACAAAGGUCUGCUGUACCACGCUGCUGAGAGGGAGACUGCGCGGGUAACUCGUGAUGUUGUUGACGAGCCCGUCGCUGGCUUCUUCGGGCCCUUGACGCUACAGCAGCCUCGCCCAGAAAUUGGCGAGGAGGACCUGGAAAAUGUCCGAAAACGUCAGCUCGAGGAUGAGCAGCCCCAAGUCAACAGUAAUGGCAACAGUGAUGCCACUGGCACCGGCAAUGGCCCGGCCAAGAGACCGCGACUCAGCAACGGCUAUGAAAAUGGUUUCGAGUCUACUCCUAAAUCCCCCAUGGACGUUGAUGACGAGCAGAAUGUGGACGGGAACGCCUAUCCGUCGCCCGAGCAGCUCCCAUCCCCGGUUGCCGCCACGAUUGGCCCGGAGAGGGGCACUCAGGUGGAAAAAGUAUCUGAUCUCAGCACCGACACGACAUUUCUCGAUCUCGCCGGCGAUGCAUCCUCGGGUAUCCUGUUGCAGUGCGAGUGGAAUCCUCGAGACCCGACGAUCUUGGCCGCGGCGGGAACCGAUGCGCUAGCACGGAUGUGGAUGUUUUCGCGUAGCGGCAAAACUACGGCAACCGAUCCGGAACAGGGCGCACAGGCGGGCCAGGCCCGCGUCUUUCCGCCUCACCACAAUCUCCUGGAUGAAGGGGUUGCGGCCACCACUACCGCAACCGGGUUGGCCUGGACGUCUAAUGGCCAAUAUAUCGCUGUUUCCAGCGAGCCCAUUGAUGAUGGAACCGCAAAGGUCCAGGUGUGGAAUACCGAUGGCGUCUCGGUCGCUUCUUUCAAUGCCUUCGAAUCUCCCAUCAUUUGCUUGCGCUGGAAUCCCUCCAACAGUCUCCUCCUUGCCCUAUCUCCCGAGUCGGAUGGCACUCUCAUCACGGUGAUGUCUCUGGCUACCCAAGAGUCUUUACAGUACUCUUUGUCGCAACAUAUUCUGAUAGAGCAACCCCUGGAUGCUGUCUGGACGAGCAACGAGGAAUUCGUCCUUUGCGGCGGUGAUAUGCUCCAAGCGUUUCACUGUGUUGAUGGUGCAAUCUCCCACGUCCGAAAGUAUGAAACUCGCGAAGGCCAUGCUCUGUCGAAGGUCGCCUUUGAUUGGCAUUCCCGACUUCUUGCUACUGCCAGUGAUACGGGCAUGAUCGAUAUCUGGGACCAGGACGGCCAAUGCCAUUCCUUUAAUGCUCAUCAGGGAGUAAUUACAUCUCUGGUCUGGCAGCCUAUGCAGACUCCUGCAGUCUUGAGCGAUGUUGCAGAACGACUAUUAGCAUCAGCUGGCGAAGAUGGUGCUAUAAGCAUAUGGAAUGCACGCUCGUCAGAAAACAAAUCGAAAUGCUCAAUGACUAUGGGGUCGGGGGUGGUUGCUUUAGCAUUCACACCUGACGGCAGCUUUAUUGCUGGAGCUACUAGUGAGCGCGUCCUGAUUUGGAAGACUGAUGAUGUGAACUUGCCUCGGGCGAGCUGGAUUCGGGGAGAUGAAUUAGGUUGGCAAACACCGCAAUCGCACGACUCUGCACCCGAUGAGGACCAGCACUGCUUGUGUUGGGAUGCGGAUGGUCAGAAACUUACAUACGGAGUUAACAGCCUGCUGGCUGUGAUCAAUUUCCAACGAUGAUACCAUGCAUCGUAGGACUUGCUUGACACCAUCUCACGAUUUUCAGCACGCCGGGGGAUUUUAUUUCAACGGACCUGAGAUAUUAACGACGACACAAAUUCAGUGUCGCACAAAAAUAAUCGCCGCGCCACGAAAGAAAGCCAGGCAGAAUCGGUUCGGUUCGCCUCAACUGUCGCGGAGCGCAACGAGGACGCUGGCGA